AUGAAUCUUUGCAACUUAUUUGCUGUAGCUUUGAUCGCUUUGUUACCAUCGGUACUGUCUCAAAAAUUGACCAUUACUUCUCCUGGGACCAAUGCGGUUGUGAAAACAGGCGCUACCACGAAUAUAGUACUUAACUUUGAAUCCACCACUUCCUCAGUGAAGCAAGUCGCCUGUACCCUUGGCUUGCGACCGGUAGGUGCCGGUAACACCGUUUAUGUUGGCACCUUAGUAUUCGGCGAAUCUGGACCAAAAUUUGAAGGAAACACCUAUACUUGGAAAGUGACUUUACCGAAUGCCAACAAAUUUGGAAAGGGAAUAGGUCAACGUUAUCAUUUGACACUUUCUCAAUUCUACUUGAUCGGUGCUACGAGCACCCCCACAAUUUCCGAGUUUGCUAGUGAUGUUACUGUUCAAUAA